AGUGCAUUAUAGCGUCUGUACACUAUGUAGUGCAUUAUAGCGUCUGUACACUAUGUAGUGCAUUAUAGCAUCUGUACACUAUGUAGUGCAUUAUAGCGUCUGUACACUAUGUAGUGCAUUAUAGCAAUCACAGCAAGAUGGCGCCGAGCAUGGCAGCCGUGUUGCGAGCUCCGAGGAAACUUUGCAGUUUUUCAUUUAUCUCAUUAGUUAUCCUGCUGUCCUGCGUGUUGGAAGUUGUUUGCAUAACUGCCUACGACAGACACACGCUUCUAAAUAUAGGUUCCUAUGUCGCGAAACGCAAACCGGACUUUGAGUUCUUGAACGAUGGCGAUUUGUUUACCAACACCGCAUCGGAGCCCUUUGUCUGGGCCUCACGAACGCGACCGAGGAAACACCGCCGGAAAAGAGGGAAGAGAGCCGGCGUCCUUGUUAGACUCAAACUUUGUCCCCUCCGACCUCCUCUCCCAACCAUUUUGCUGGCUAAUGUUCAGUCACUAGACAACAAACUCUGUGAACUACGGGCACGUAUCUCCUACCAACGAGAAACGAGGGACUGCUGCAUUAUUUGCCUCACAGAAACCUGGAUGUCUGCGGAGGUUCCAGACUCAGCCAUCGAGCUCAUGGGGUUCUCCGUGCACCACUCGGACAGGACGAAAGAGCUCACAGGGAAAAGCAGAGGCGGAGGUGUUUGUUUUUUUAUCAACAACUCGUGGUGUGAUGAAAGGAACCUACACUCUAUUAAAUCCUCCUGCUCCCCUGAUCUGGAAUUUCUUAUGCUUCUGUGUCGACCAUUCUGGCUACCGAGGGAAUUUACAGCGGUCAUUAUCACAGCUGUUUAUAUUCCUCCUCAAGCUAACACAGACCAGGCACUCAAGGAACUGUAUAGGAAUAUAAGUGAGCAGGAAACCGCGCACCCAGAUGCAGCGUUUAUUGUAACAGGGGACUUUAACAAAGCCAACUUCAGAACAAUAGCUCCAAAAUACCUCCAACACAUCACCAUCAACACACGUGGUGACCGUAUACUUGACCCUUGCUACUCUCCCUUCCGGGAUGCUUACAAAUCCCUCCCCCGCCCACCUCUCGGCAAAUCGGACCACUCGUCCAUUCUGCUCCUGCCUGCUUAUAGGCAGAAACUGAAACGGGAAGCACCCGCCCUCAGGACAAUCCAAUGCUGGUCGGACCAAUCAGAUGCUAUACUACAGGACUGUUUUGAUCAUGUGGACUGGGACAUGUUCCGGGCAGCGUCUGAUGACGACAUAGAGGCGUACUCAGAUUCUGUCACGUGUUUCAUCAGGAAGUGUGUAGAAGAUGUUGUGCCGACAAAAAAAAUCCGCGUCUACCCCAACCAAAAACCGUGGAUUAAUAGCGAUGUUCGAGCGGCCUUGUCAGCGCGGACGUCUGCUUUUAAAUCCGGGAAUCCUGAUGAUCGCAAACAAGCCAGCUACGAUCUCAGGAAAACCAUCAAAGCCGCAAAAAGACAAUACAAAAACAAAGUUGAAGAACAUUUCAACACCAACAACGCAAGAAGCAUGUGGCAGGGCAUCAACAACAUCACGGACUUGUAAGAAAUUACAGAAAUUGCACCCAAAUUCCACUCCAAGACUUUAAAGGGAACAAACCAGCAACUGUGAACAUUGCCACCUCUCUACCGGAUGAGCUAAAUAACUUUUAUGCUCGUUUCGAGGCUCACAACCCCGCCCACACAGAGAGCGCUCCCGCGACUGCUGCAGAAGAUGUGAGUGCGCUCUCCGUCUCUGUCGCGGAUGUAACCCGAUUAUUCCGACGAGUAAACAUGGGUCCUGACGGCAUCCCAGGCCGUGUGCUCCGAGCAUGCGCAUCCCAACUGGCCGGUGUGUUCACAGACAUUUUCAACCUCUCCCUGUGUCUGUCUGUGGUUCCAUCAUGUUUCAAAAAAUCCACCAUAGUACCCAUACCAAAGAAAAAUAAAACCACAUGUCUAAAUGACUGGAGGCCAGUUGCUCUCACACCCAUCUUCAGUAAGUGCUUUGAGAGACUCAUCAGAGAAUACAUCUGCUCUGUGCUGCCUGCCUCACUUGAUCCGCUACAGUUUGCAUACCGCAGCAACCGUUCCACAGACGAUGCUAUCGCUGUCACCCUACACUCUGCUCUCUCCCACCUGGAAAAUAGGAACACCUAUGUGAGUGCUGUUUGUGGACUACAGCUCAGCAUUUAACACAAUAGUGCCUGCCACACUUGUAGCGAAGCUCCAGACUCUGGGACUAAACAGAU